UUCUCUCUUUCUCACUCUCUUUCUUGCUUGGUUUUUUGUUUUUUAGUUUCUUUUUUGAUUGUUGAUUAUUUUGUGAUUCGUAUUAUUGUUGAUUUAACAAAAGUGUUAACCUUUAUUCAUCUAAAUCCACAGAUUAUUGAUCAGUACUAAACAAGCUAUGGCUAAAAGUGAUUGGAGUGAUUUAAUUAAAAGCGUGCGAAAUGCACUGCAUGAAAAGAGACAUUUUAUAGUAAACGAUAGUACUGAAAGGAAUCAGGUUCAAAAAUGUUUGGAUAUAAUUCAAAAGUCCAUCAAAAUUACCUCACUUCAGUCUAUGAUGGAAAGAUUGGAGGCGAUCACCAGACAACUUGGUUUGAAAUAUACGGAAGGACCCAGUGGUAAAGAGCUUUUCAUAUCAUCUGAUAUGUUUUACGUUGAAAUUCAGUUCAAUCCAGACAAUGGCCGAGUCAAAGAAGUUAAAAUUUCUCAUCAAUCUGAACCUGUAUCCUGCCCUGAAAUCACAGAUGUCUUAAAUAAUUCAGAUUUUCAAGAAUUCACUAAGCACCUCGAUGGUUUAUCAGCUAUUUACCAGCUCAAUGCAGAUAAGAAACAAAAAACCAAAGCCUAUUUAGCACUACAUGCUCUUGAGUCAGAUCUAAGCAUGUUAGCUCAACUUCAAAGCUCGAAUAUAAAUGAACCAAAUAACUUGGUGCAUAAAUCGCCUGUUGGUAUUUUAGAGCCUCGUAAAGGUGGUCAUCCUAUGAAACUUACAUUCUUUAUUUCGCCUUACGAUUUACUUGACCUUAAAACCAAAUCUUCGGUUCCAUUAACAGUUGAUGUUGUUGUCAAACGUAAAUUAGGCUAUUCAGCAUCCGUUUGCAUCGAAAGCUCAACAUCUCAUAAAUUACAAACUGUCUCCCUGUUAAGCGUUACCAAAACAGCCGAAGGAAAAAGUUUACCUCAAUUCGCUGCCUUAAGUAAUCUCAAUUCAUCAACAUUACCAGCUUGCUUCGUUCUUCGUUUACCCAAACAAUUACCAAUGUCUAUAGAGACACUCAGAAAGAUCCAAGCAAUUACUGGGAUUGAAAUUGUCUCUGCUGAAAUUAUGUCUCGAAGUGUUCCUUUGGUCGACCUGAUCGCUAAUAGUUUACUUCCUGCCAGUGAGCUUAGAGAUCUCUCAUCUUACCAUGGGCCUUACUACGUCCAGUUGCCUGACCAAUGUCAUAGCUAUUAUAUGAAUUACACAUUAGGAGAUCUUAAAGGAGUUGAAGUAUCUUCAAUACCUUUCACACACCCCACUUCGGUUCCUCAGAUUCUCUUUAUUCUUAGGCAACAAGUCCUAUUCAAUGUUGUUAUUUGCAGCUGUAUCAGACGUGUCAGACAACCUUCGUUUAUGGAUUCUCUCAUGUUCGAAGUUACUGCCCUUUCUAUGUCUGUUGUUAAUGUCUCUUUUGAGCACCCUACUGAAGAGUCAUUAGCUACUAUAGAGUUUGACCUUCGAGAUAUAACUAAUGUGAAAUGUAAGCUUUAUGAUUCCAAUAGCUUUUCGUCUUUGUGCUCGGACGAAUACGCUUCUAAAAUUAUGCAAAAAUGCUUUUCAAUUCCCGUAACUUUAAGAGCUAUUAUCAUAAAAUGUCAAGAAAAAGCAGCUAUACUUAGAGAGCAACAACAGAAGCAACAAACUAGACUUACUCAGCAGCGCAAUCCUAAAGACUUAUUUUUCAAUAACCUUUCUGCCGCUGAAGAUGGCAAUGAUCACGACGAUCUACCACCAUACUUAUCUCAACAACUAUUGAACUCAAACCAAUACCAAGAUUUGAAUGUAUCCCUUGAGAAUGGCGCUUUCCAACAACAUCAACAGCAACAGCAAUCACAGCCUCAA